AUAAGUUUUUGCAAGAGUACAUAACUGUGUAGUUAUGUACUCUUGGUUUUUGGUAUUGCACUUGCCAAUGCACAUUCCUUCCUACGUCAUUAACUUUUGUUGUCUGUGUUUCCCUUCUCCCAUGUGCCCCUGGCCCGGUUGACGCUGCCGCGCCGGCGGACUGGAUCUGUGCAUGGACGUCUACCUGGUCUACGCUCGUCGUGCAAUAACGGAACGCAGGAACGGAAAGAUUGGCGGCGCAGGAGAGGCGUCCGCCCUCGAGAACGACACAGAAACGGCGAUUGGGUGCCUGAAGGCACUGGAUAUGUCGGCCGCUGACGCAGAGCGGCUGUUUGAGUGGGCACCGGACGGGAGUGAUGCCCCAUGUACACCGCCAAUAAUCGCCGCCCCCCACCAGGCUCAGCAAGAGCAGCGGCAGCGGCAAGAGGAGGAGGAGAAGCGGCGGCAGCAGCAGCAGCAGCAGCAAGCACAACAGCAAGCCCAGCAGCGGGAGAAAGAGGCGCAGCAGCUGUGGCGCGAGUCUCAGGUGCGGGGCCGGGCUGAAGCCAAGAAACGUCAGCUGCAAGUACAGGAGCGACGGCAGCAAGCACUGGAGGCAAAGCGCCAAUGGCACGAGAGGGAAGAGGGGCGGCAGGAGGAGCGGCGGCAGAAGCAGCAGCAGCAGGAGCAGCAGCAGCGGCGGCAGUUUGAAGAAGAGGAGGAGCACGUCGGUGCAUCGCACCACGCACCAGGAACACACCAGCCCCAGCACCAGCACCCGCAAAGUCGUGGGGGGAGGAGACGGCGGAGGUGGGCAGGCGGGCCUAUGGUUUCGCCCACCCAUUCUUAUCAUGGGCAGAUAAUCAAUAUCCACAAUGUGUACACUGGGCGGCAGCCAAGGAAUCGGGGACGGGGACGUGGACGUGGACGUGCCAGUGAAGUGGAGAGGUCGGCGUAGUUGUGCGGCGGGGAAGGCGAAAUGCACGACCUUGUUGGAAAU